UAUUAUAGCGAUCAGAAGGUAAAACAUUGGAAAAAUGAGGUGUUUUUGGAUAUGGUUGAGUCAGUAAAUUUAUUGGUCAACACAAAUGGAAAUGUACUGCGUAGUGAAGUCCUUGAUGCAAUCAAGAUGAGAUGUCAUUUGAGUGAUAUUUUAGAAUUAAGGCUUGGUCAAAAUGAUAAAGUGAUUUUUGAGAAUACUAAAAGGUCUUCUAUCAAGAGGAAGGACUAUUGA